AUACGUCACUAUUUGGCUGCGCGACAGGUGGCGCACAUCAGAUCAGGAAUUCGGGAUGAGGCCCAAGACAUCCAAAAUGGAUGAUAUGAAUUGGUAUGGAUGAAAAGUUUCCUCACAAGUAAUUUUUCGGGCUAUAUGAUCGAUCAAAUUCCUCGAUAUACUUGAAAAAUCAAGUAUAUAUACCGAAAUAUCACGAGUUUUACCUACUAUCGCGUUUGCUUCAGUCAAACGUCUAUAUCGCCAACAUGGAUUUACUUCUUUCCCUUCCGAUCGUAUCGUACUUCGGCGGACCCGUGUUUACCUCGUGGUCGGGUUCAAUGAACCUUCUGUUCUUCUAUAUGACAUGGACCACUCUUGUUCUGUCGCAUUCACCUUUGAAGAUAGAGUUGGUCGGUACCCUAGCUGUGCGCAUAGUUUUCUGGCUAGUUCCCUCGCUUUUCUUCUUGAUAUUUGAUUCACUACUUCCCAGCCUCGCGGAGUCUAUCAAGCUCUACGGCUCCGCAUCACUGCCUCGGCGGAAUGCCGUCUCCCUACUUCGGCAAGUUUUACUCGCCAUCUUCAACCUGGCGCUCAGCACCGCGGUGCAGGCCGGGAUCUCCAUAGGUGCAGGAUCCCUUUUGCGCCAUCCACUCUUCAAGACGAGCACGAGGCUGCCACUGCCAUGGCAGAUCGUGAAGCACAUUUGGCUGCUAUAUACCGCCCGCGAAGUUUUGACAUACUACAUCAGCCGAUAUAUCCUACACUCGCGGGGUAGAAUAGCGAAGCUACACAAGACAUACUCGCACUCCCGCAAGAACGCUGCCCCAUAUGCGCUCAUGCUAUACACGGACCACCCGCUACCGUUGCUCCUCCAGCGCACCCUACCUGUAUAUCUGCCGGCCAUGGUCAUACAGCCACAUCUACUCACCUAUUUUCUAUUUACAAUCCUAACGACGUUAGAGGAGAUGCUGUCUAUGUCCGGCUACAGCAUGGUACCGGGUAUCAUAAUGGGCGGCAUCACCAGACGCACCGCGACACACUAUGCCAGCGGAGGACGCGGGAAUUUCGGUGCUUGGGGUCUGCUCGACUGGGUUAGCGGCACAAGCCUAGGCAAGGAUGUCGUGGAGGAUAUAAACGACGAGGCCGAGAAGCACCAAGUUAAGGAACGGUCGCAGAAGGCCGCGGGUGAUGCGGGUAGCGUGAUGCAAGACAGCAUCGACGGGCUCAAGAAGGUUCGCAAAACCCGGAAGAAGAACUCGGACUAAGGACACAAUCUUUCGGGUCUUAAGGAUCGUAAAUUAGUAAGGGGGGUUUGAUCUAUAGGUGGUGUCUAAAUGUGAAGCGAUCAAGGGAUCGGCUUCAUGGAGUUUGGCGUCUAGGGCGGCAUAACUAGGAGAUACACAUCCAUGGUUGUAUGGGUACGAGAUAUAUGACGAUAAAUGAGUACACGGAAAUAUUAGGACCAAGAGAACAGCCUAGUAUCAUCUAAUUCUAAACGUUCAUUCAAUUUAAGUAAUAUUUAAGUGACA